AUGGGAGCGCGUCACGCCGCCCGCCUCGGCGAUGCCCGGUGGACGCCGGCGGACUCCUGGGGCGGCGGAGAGGCAGCAGCGGGCGAGCGGCAGACGCCCGCCACCGACAUGAGCGACGUCCACGCGCGGAUCUCCGCCUUCGAGGCCCUCGCAAGCAGCCCCGCCGCCCGCAGCCACACCCGGCCCCUGUCGCCCGACGCCGCCGCCCGCUUCGACCCCAUCGUCCACUCGCCGUCGCCGUCGCCGCCCGCCCUCGGCCGCAAAACAUCGCUCAUCGACCUGCACGACUGGGUCCUCGACGACGGCCCCCGCAACAGCCCGCCCACGCCCGCCCUCCCCGCCAGGCCCCGCUCCACCGCCCCCGUCGCCAGUCCCCGCCACGUCGCUGCGCCCCUCAUCCACCUCGAGUCCCCGCCCUCUGCCCGCCCCGCUCCGCCCCUCCCUCCCCGCACGCCGUCCUACACAUCCCUCCGCUCCGUCUCCGCGUCCUCUGCAUCCACCUCGGCUGCAGCGUCUCGCUCGCCCCCUGCACCCCCGCCGCGCAGACCGCCGCCGUCGCGGGCUUCGCUCUCUGCAGAUCACUCGUACCCGCCCGCGCUCAGCCUGGGCCUGGCCAUCCCUGCCUCUCCCUCCCGCCACGCCCCUGCCUCCUCGAUCUCUUCCUUCCACUCUGUCUCUCUGUCCUCCGAUGGCGGAGACCCCGGCUCGCCCUCGACGCCGAGCAAUGUCGCCCCAUCUCCCUCAGACACCGUGAGUAUGGCAGAAUCCUUUGAGCACCUCUCCGUGUGUUCCACCGCGCCCGAGCUCCCCCGCCGACCGCCCUCAGAGCCACCAAAACUCCCCCAACGCCCGCCCUCUGUCAGUCCCAACGUCACGCCCAAAUCGCUCGGGUCCUCUCCCCGCCCGCCCUCCGCAAAACCCUCCCCUCCACCGCGCGCCGCAACCACAAAGCCGCCGCCACCCCCGCCGCCCCGCCCCCCGUCCUCGCGCGCAUCCACGGGCUCGUCCGCCUCUGGCACCUCCACGUCCCUCUCUUUCUCCGACCGUGCCUCCGUCUUCAGCCUCAGCACCUCGCCCUCCUCUUCCAGCUCGCACCUCGGCCCAAGCAGCUCCUCCCUCGCCACACUCAAGCCAACCACCAAGUCCGCCACAGUGCCCAGCCCGCUGCCCUCCCCGAUUCUCUCCCAGCUCACGCGCGCAGCCCCCGUCCCGCCGGCCGCCCGUCGGCGAUACGAGACCCUCUUCGCACGGAACCUCUACGCGCAGAACGCCGUCAGGAAGGACAUCGCCUCGCCGCCGCCCGGCGCGCGUGCGCGCAAGGCUGCGGGCUGGCGUGGGCUGUCAGUGGACCUGCUGACGAACCCCGAGCCCGCAGCGACGGAGCAGGAGAGCGAGGAGCGUCUGGACGGGGAGACGGUGCGCAAGAUAUGGGUGCGCUCGAAGCUCGAGCGGAGGACGCUCAAGGCGAUAUGGUCGGACUGCGACCCCGCGGGUAUGGGCUCGCUCGACCUCGAGGGCUUCGUCCGCGGGACGUGGCGGAUCGACGAGGAGCUCCGGCGCGCGCAGUUGCGUGACGGGCUCGGGCUCGGGCUCGGGCUCUCGCUCGGUCGCCACGGCUCGAGCGCGAGCGCGACGGCGCGGGGAAGGGCGCGUGCGAGUAGAGGGAACACGCGGCUGAUCCUGCGAUAG